GAUAGAGUUAAGAUUAAACUCUUUUUAUCCCUUUUAAUUAUUUUUAAAUAUUUAAAAAAAAAUUUUUUAAACAAACGAUCCCCAAACCCUUAUCACCACAAAGACUAUGAACAUUGAAUGAACUGUGUGUACAUAUUGUAUAUAGUUGCCGCAAACUGCAAGGAUAUCACUACGCCCUGGAAAUAGUGCCUUACUCUACGCUCAUCGAAGCGGUGCCUCGGAAAGUCAUCGAGGGUAUCUACGACACAACAACAACAUGGCGGCGGAGCGAAGCGAGGAAGAUGAAAUUCGGGAGGUUUUGAAACUGUUCAACGUAAACAAAAUGAAGAAAGAGCAGAGAGAGAUUUUGGAUACAAUUUUGAAAGGCAAAGACUGCAUAGCUGUUCUUCCGACAGGUUAUGGAAAAUCGCUGCCGUAUCAGACGUUUUUACCUAUCAUAAGACGUUUGUAACCAUCAAGAGACACGGAGAAAAUUUUAGUUUGCUGCCCCUUGGUUUCUUUGAUGGAAGAUCAAGUGAAACGAUUGGCCAAUCUGAAUUGCAUUACCACAGCUUAUGCAGGAAGUGACCAUUGCACAGAUUCCCAUAUCAAAGAUGGGAAGAUUGAUAUCAUAUUCGCUUCACCAGAGACUGCAGUUGGAGAUAAGGCCUGGCGGGAAGCAAUCCAGCAGCUACAGAUAUCUCUGAUAGUUGUUGAUGAGUUUCAUACCAUAGCAACUUGGGGUGGCUUGGAGAAAGAUGAAGAAAGAAACACCUUUCGCAAGUGGUUUAGGCAUGUUGGUGAACUACGUUCGUUAUUCCCCGAAGCAGCAAUGCUGGCUUUGAGUGCAACAUGCACAAAACAAAUACUAACCAGGGUAGUUUCAGUGCUAGGCAUGGAUGACUGUGAAACAUUUAUUACUGUGUCGCCAAAUAGAGAAAAUAUCAAAUAUGUGGUACAUCAGGUUGAUCCAAGUAUUGAAUGUGCUAUGCUGUGGCUAUUGGAAGGCUUAGGUAAUUUGAUGGAAACAUUUCCAAGGACUUUGAUAUACCGCAAUUCAAUUAAAGAUGUUGGCCACCUGUAUCAUUUCCUUGUCACCGAGUUACCAGAUUUAGUGAAAUAUGUAGAAAUGUUUCAUUCUGAGACGAUGGAGGAUAAGAAGAAAGAAAUAGUUUCUAAACUAUCUGUUGACAGUGAGUUGCGGGUAGUAAUUUCCACAAGUGCUCUGGGAAUGGGUGUAGAUGUGUCAGCAUGUCAAAACAUCAUCUUGUAUGGACCCCCAUAUUCCAUUGUGGAUCUUCUCCAGGAAACCGGGAGGGCAGGAAGGGAUGGAACUGAUUCAGUGGCACUGAUAAUGUACAACAGGUACCAGACAAGAAACAUUGAUGAUGAUGUUAAGCAAGUUAUCAGAUCAAAUUCCUGUAGGAGAUUGUCCAUAAUGGAUAAAUUUGCAUCCGCCAAACACAUGCAAAAGAUAGAAAAACAGACAAACUUGCACACUUGUUGUGACAUUUGUGCUAACUUUUGUAAAUGUAACAGCUGCUGUGUAUCUCCACUGGAGAAGCUGCUUCAUUUCUCACCUUUAGAUGACCAUGAUCAGCAAGAAGAGAGUGACAGUGACACCAUCUCUUAUGAAUACGAGUCGGACCAUGCUGAUCUGGAGAACUUAGAUUUUGAUGAAGAGUUAAUUGAAUUGUAAAUACAUGUAUAUGCAGCAAAAUUCUGAAGGCUUUGUAUUGAUAACAAGAGGGUCAAAUGACUUAAAAAUCUUUGUUUUAAAGAUAAUUUAAAUGAAAACUUUUCACAAUAUAAUAUUUAUUACUUGCAUGCAAUAAUGACAAUGACAGUUUUAUGGACCAAAAGUGUUUUAUUAUACAUCAUCAUUCAAAGGAUAUAUAAAGAUCUAUGAAAAAAAUAGGUCAGAGUGACCCGAGGAAAGUCUAACUCUAUACACUGCCAGUGAUAAUUUGUAUUGCAGGUUGGACCAUGCACAUUUUGAUGGUUUAGAUGAAUUUGAGUUGUAAAUGAUCAAAUUGCGUUGUAAUUAUAUAUAUAAUUAACAAAUCUAAAAUCUACAUCAAAAGAUCAGUAAAGCUAUAUGGACCUAAAGAAUUAUUUGUUUUAUUUUUGUUUGAUGUCCUAUUAUAAUUAAUAACAAUGGUGAUUUAAUGAUUUGAGAGAUACCACCGACCUACAUCAGUACAGGUAUGGGAAGUGCCCCAUAUUAUGACACAAGCUUCCAACUAGUGACCCAGAGGUGAAGGUCUACUUGUGUGAUGCUUAGAGAUACUAAGUUAAUUACUUAGCUCCAUUGACAUGGACUAUUUAAAUAGUUUGAUUAGUUUUAAUUGGUCCGAUAUUUGUUUUACUCAAUAUGUCCUAUUAUAUUAUGCAGGGAGGGGAAAGCCGGAGUACCCAAGAGAAAAAAAAAAGACCUAAAUUCAGUAGAUACAUGUAUAUGG